CAGAGUCCUGUCCUUUAUGGUCUUUUUACCCUCCCCCUUCUCUCUCUCGUCUUCUUCUCUCUCUCUCGUCUUCGAGCUUGUUUUCCUCCUUCCUCGGGCUUUGAAUUGAGCUCCUUCCCUCUCUCUCUCUCUCGUAUUUUAAAGCUCUGGCUUUUCUCGCUUCCAGAAAAUAACGAAGCUCAUUUAAUAUCGUCUCCGCUUUCGAAGAGCCAGGCUUUCAUUGGGGCGGAAGAACGGUUGAGUUGGUUGUAGUAUAUCAACAAAGAUCAGCUAAUAAAGUCUUGGAAACACCUGCCGAAAAGAGAGAUUACGUCGGUCAAAGAGAGAUCUUUACUUAUCCCCUUCCUUCCUUCCUUCCUUCAGAUAUACGUUUGAAAGGGCUUGAGGCUUCUAUUGGUGGAUGUUACGAUGUUACAUCAUUUUAGUUAUUGAGAUUGACGUUUCAAUGAAGUCAGGUUGAGAUACAGAGAGAGCUUCGAAUUUCUGCAGCUACUCGAGGUAUGAUGGAUUCCGUUAAGAGGUCUUCAGUAACUCCAUCAAAAAGUAGGUUGGCGCGUACGUUUGCAAAAGUUCUUCAUAUUCGCGUUGCUACAGGGAUUGCCCCAGAUGAUGAAAUUAAGAAGCCUAAGCCUCAUAAGGUGGUCAAGGAUAAUCAGUUGAAGGAUGAUCUCGACAGUGGUUCUUUUGAUGACGAGGAAGAUGAAAUUCAUGAUAGAGAGGCUUUAGAGGCUCUUCUUGCUAAAAUAUUUGCCAGCAUUUCUUCUGUUAAAGCUGCAUAUGCCCAGUUACAGUUUGCGCAGUCCCCUUAUGAUGCUGAGGAGAUUCAGUCCGCUGACAAAAUGAUUGUUUCCGAGUUGAAAAAGUUGUCUGAGUUGAAGCGAUGUUAUGUGAAGAGACAGUUUGAUAUUUCGCCAGAGACCACAAUGGUUCUGGCUGAAAUCGAGGAGCAGAAGUCUCUUGUGAAAACAUACGUAAUAAUGCGCAAGAAGAUGGAACUUCAGCAGAAAGUCAAGGACUCUGAAAUUGCAUCUCUUAAACAGAAGCUGGAGUCGUUAAACAGCCAAAACAGAUUGACAGAGAAGAGGUUAAAUCAGAGUGGCCCCUUGUAUGUUCUGGAUAAUCUUCACCUCUCUGGCCUCAGUCCUAACCACUUCGUUACUGUACUUCGCCAUGCUGUAAAGUCCAUUCGGGGCUUCGUAAGAUUGUUGAUCGACGAGAUGAAAUCUGCCGACUGGGAUGUCGAUGCAGCGGCCAGUGCAAUAGAACCAGGAGUCGUUUACGGGAGACCGGAUCACAAGUGUUUCGCGUUCGAGUCCUUUGUUUGCCGGGAAAUGUUUGACGGAUUCCAAUUCCCCAACUUUUCCCUUCCCAAUGAGUCUUUGCCUGAGAGGAGAAGAUUGCGGCAGGUCUUUUUUGAGUGGUUUAUGGAGUUAAAGUCCUCGAAGGUGAAGGAUCACUUGGCCCAGAAACCGAGAUCGACGUUUGCGAAAUUCUGUCGGGUCAAGUACUCGCGACUCAUCCACCCCAGAAUGGAAAUGGCUUUCUUUGGCAACACGAGCGACCGGAACCUUGUGAGCGCGGGCGAAUUCCCGGAGACCACGUUCUUCGCGCAGUUUGCGGAGAUGGCGAAGCGGGUGUGGCUCCUUCACUGCCUGGCCUUCUCGUUCCAGCCAGAGGGCACCAUCUUUCAGGUGAGCAAGGGGUCUAGGUUCUCGGAAGUGUACAUGGAAACGAUUGCGGAAGAGGAAGCGUUCAACACCACGGAGUACGAUCCGAGGGUAGCGUUCACGGUAGUCCCAGGGUUCAAGCUCGGUAAAACGGUCGUACAGUGCCAGGUCUAUCUAUUGAACAACUCCAGGUCAAGGUGAAAUCUUGAUUAUGGAUCCAGCUGUGGGAACAUAUUAGUCUUAUGUAUUAUGAUGCUCCUCCAUAGUUGUCAGAUUCCGUGUCCCCCAAAAAAAACAAAAAAGACAUCAGCGAUUGAGCUGGAAGCCAUAGAGCGUCUUCAUUUUUCUUUAGUACUUUUUAGGAGUACCAGAGAAAAAUCAGACGGGGGCUGACUGGCUGCACAUUUGUUGUGGGGACUCUCAAAACUCUGGUCACUGGGGGCAUUUUGUCGCUUUGCUUUUGGCCCUCGUCUGGGAGAAAGGGAAAGCGCGCUUGGACCUGUGGAUGGUGGAGCAAGAGAAUCUUUUUCCUUUUGAAUCAUUUAUAUAUUAAAAAGGAUUUAGAUCUUGAAUGGACCGUUCAUGUGACAUGUCCCACCCUUCCAAAAUUUUGUUAAUAUUAAUUUAGCUCCAUGGGAGGGAUGGUCCUGGAUGUUGUUGUAGGGGUACAACCUUGAAUUUCCCUUGUUUGUCCAUGAUGUGCCUGUAUAAAAAGUUAUGUAUAGCGGUUGGGCUGUUUCUCUUAUCGUUUAUUCGAAGGCUAUUUUU